AUGGGAUUCCAGAUCCAGGAUCUGCUUGGGAUUUGGCAGGGAACGCUUGGGGAGACAGGAUCAGAAGGGCCUUCAUUCGACCGAUCGAUCAAGCCGCAAGACACUGAGGAGAAGGGCCUUCAUUUGCUCCAAUCGAAGGGUCGUUUCAUCUUGGCGAAGGAUGACACGAUCACGCGAAAGCCUGAGCUGAUGAAGGGCGUGAGUUAUGGACCCUCCAUGAGCACUUCUCCCAGCGAGGCCCAUCAUCAGGACUACUUUUGCGACGCGGCCGAGCCGAUCUGGGGCGGCCGUGGGGAUUUGGAGAUCAUCGCCAGCUUAGGCGCCAACGUGGUGCGACUCUACGGGAAUGACCCCACCUUGGAACAUCAGAAGUUCUUGGAUCAUGCGCAAUCCCUGAACCUGGAGGCCUAUCAUCCAUCCAUCAAGUACUUCAUCGUGGUCAAUGAACCCGAGUUGAAACUGCCGAGCCUGGGCGAACCGAAGAAGUUCGCGAAGGCCAUUGUCAGCGCGAUCGAUGGGGUCUUAGAUGCGGAGGAGGAGCGGGGCGACGCGGCGUGUGCAGCGGGACGGAACCCGCCCGUUUUGGCCUCACUCCGGCAGAAUCCGAUUUGGCCAGAGCUUGGUGUCGAGGGUCCCAAGCCCAAUCUCACCGUGACCUUCUCCUUUGCCUUUUGUAACCAGUGCGACAACUUCCGGGACCGGCCCGGGCUGGGACAACUUUGGACUUUGAAGGAUGCAUUGUUGAAUCCUGAGAAGUAUGGCGUGGAGCCAAAGAGGAAUUUGACCGCGUUUUUCGAGACUCGUUUCACCUUCAGCUUUAACUCCGGAAACCCUUCCGACGAGAUCCAGAGCCUCUUCUUGGAUCACUAUGAGGUCGCCUUCCCAAGUACUCCGAUCUUUGUGGCAGAGUAUCACAACCCAGGCAAUCCACAUUUGAAGAAGGACCUGAAGCAGAUCCUGCGAGUUGCCAGACACUCCUCGCUUUUGUUGGGCAUCAGCUUCUUUGAAUUCCAAAAUCGUUACGACCAGGCGGGUCAUUUGAUCUGGGGCAUGUUUGACCCCCAGGGCCACGACGAGCACGACAGCGCACGUUCGCAGGUGGUGAAGUUCAAAGAGACUUCCGAGCUGCACGUGCCCUGUUUGAGCCCCGUGUUUGACCACGACACCACAAUCAUCGAAGAGUUGACGAAGGCCUAUAAAGGUCCUGGAGUCAACAUGAGCAAGCUAUGUCUACCAGAUCCUGACAAGGUCUUGGUUAGCAAACAUGGCUUUCUGCAGAUGGUGGGCCUCAAGAACGUCACGGCCAUGCAAAUCUUCAUCAAACGCGUGGUCACCAAACUCGGAGGCUUUGUUCCCUACGUGGUCCCGGCAGAGAUUGCAGAGAUGUUCAUGAACCCCUUUGCUCGUUACCGAGACUUAGAAGCCAUGCUGGUGUCUCAUCCUGAGUGGGCUCGUUGGGAUGUCUUCGCCUCAUGUAUGGUGGAUGUGGAGGCAACCAACUCCACGGUGGCAGGGAAGUUGGCCUACAUUUGUGGAUAUGUGGAUUGUUCCAAAGUGCCCGAGUCCUGUGAAGACCUGUGGGACACCGCUUCCUGGGUCUUUGGGACUCAUUUCCGUGAGGUGGUCUAUUCGCAGGACUUCACCCCUAAGCCACUACAGCAUUGCUACCUGGACGGGGCCGCGCAGUUUGUGCGCUCCAGCAUUUGGAAGAAGAUGCCUGUGAAGAAGGAUUGCAUUGUGCCAUUGGGCUGGACCGAUCCCAAUAAAGUCCAUAUCAGCCAGCAUGGCUUUCAUCUGGUCUGGAGCAAUCGAGAUCCCGUGGCCAUGAAGGUCUUCAUCACACGAGCACUUGAACAUACAGGUGGCAAGUUGGAAACCAAUGUCCCUGAAUCCUUUGUGACUGAGACACUGGCCUUGGAGGGAUCCUUCAAGAUGCUCCAAGACACCCUGGCGGCGCAUCCGCCUUGGGGCUCCUGGGAGACUGCCGCCUGUGUCCCGGAUCGUGAGGCUAAAGCACGAGAUGUGGGAGCCGCCAUUGGCUUGGUAUGUAGCCACCUGGCGAUAGGCAAGGGCAUCUUCGACUGUGGCCAAAUCCCAGCCGAAUGUCACUUGCCUGCAGAGAAGACCGACGAACGGAUGACUUGA